AUGAAUGAUCCAAGCGAUGCCACCGACCGAGAGAUAGAAAAUCUUCAGACCAAAAAGAGAGAUUGGCGCAAGAACGAAUUCCAACAACUGCUCAAUCAUGAGUCUGACAAACAUCGAUUGCACUGGUUUGGUCUCGCUACUAGUGGUAGCUCUACGUCCGGAGUACAGAGCACUUCUCCCAGCGCGGAAACUCCCAUUCCACGUGAAAAGCUUUGGGAAACAGGCUUGGAUGAAAUCUUGAACAAAGGCCCUUCAAAGGUUGCUAGUGACCUCUCCCAAAGAAGCCUCGAGAAAUUGAAGCAGAUCCCUUACGGCAACUUCGUUCGGAAAGCUUUGGAUCUACCCUCUGACCAGAUCAAGACAUCUCUCUGGACAUAUGAAGUUCUUGAUGCCAAGCUUUAUUUUGAUUUGAUCAAGUCCCCGCAGCAUCUGAACCAAUUGCAUGAUCUCAAACAGAGCCUGGCAAAGCUUAAAAGCGACCCUCUAAUCUAUGCCACCAUUGAGUACACUUGGCAAGAGGCCAGCCGAGCAGUACUCCAAUGCCCGGCAUAUGAGGGCCUGAACGGAACCGGACUAGGCGGAUUAGCCUUCAGGUUAGAAGCAACUCUUGACAAAUUUAUAACCCGACCCCUCCAGGAGGUUCUUGAGAGAGCAGACUCGGCGGAAAGGUUAUUGCAGGACUUGCAGGUUUUGGGCAUCCGUUUGCACGAUUCUUUGAGGCCACUUGAGGCAGACUGGAGCACGCCGCUCAACAACAGAAACGAUUUUCUGGAGCAAUUGCGAUGGAACGACGUUCCAGCUGUUGCGAGCCUCAUAUCACGCAAAGACAUGGCUCUCUUCAGAGAUUAUGUGCCGAUCGCCUUCACCAAAGAUGGAGCCCAAGCGCGUUCCAUCUUGAGCUCCCGGUGGAAUCAGCUGAUGGUGGAGGUGAAAGAGUGCAUGGCUGCUGGGAUUGGGCUGGAAUCUAAAAUUGAUGGUCUUGCUCAGGUAUGCUGGAACCGUCCCAACUUCAAUAUCAAUUCUGACAGACCUUUUCAGGCCCUCCACACUACUUGCAAUUACUAUUCCUUGACAGCUGUAGUGCAAGGUAUACAAGCGAGCGGCUUACAAACAGAAUGCUCGCGCAAGUACGGCAAGCUUAUCGACCCCACUGGUGGCUAUCAAGCUUAUCGCAGCGGCAUGGGCGGGAGCCAUGCGUUGCAUUUUCUUUUACCUGCAUUGUCCGCAUUUGCGCGGAAAGAUUUGACUUACGCAGAGGUGGUUACAAGGGACCUUUCACUUUACAUCGAAACUCAUCGCUGUCCAGAGGAUUCGCCCGUUAGAUUUAGUUUCUUGGCUAUUUUUACUGCCUGCUUCAGAUGCUAG